GAGGUUGUUUUGGUUUAAAAACCAAAACCACCGGCUCUCCCGUCAGAACACAACGGUGCUCAACAACGAAAAAAAAACAGGACCGAGGCAGCAGAACGAUAGCUACAAAACCCAGAUUCAAACCAACAUAGAAAUUCGCUCAAGUAUUUGCUUUACGGAACUAGAGGUAAGAGCUUCUCCUGGAAGGCGUCUGCGAAGGUUUCGUUCACCGCUUGAUCUCGAACAAUGGAAGGAGGAAGUGACUUAGAUGCCCAAAUAGAGAAAUUGCUGAAUGUGGAGAAACAAAUGAGACUCUCUGGUGAUGUGGCGGGAACCAGGAAGGCUGUCACUGACAUUCUUGAGCUUUGCUUUAAAGCAGGUGCUUGGAAGACCCUCAAUGACCAGAUUCUGGUCUUGUCCAAACGCCGUGGUCAGCUCAAGCAGGCCGUAACUGCAUUGGUCCAGCAAGCAAUGCAAUAUAUUGAUCAGACACCUGAUCUUGAAACUCGUAUAGAGCUGAUUAAAACACUAAAUAAUGUUUCUGCUGGGAAGAUAUAUGUUGAAAUUGAGAGAGCACGGUUAAUCAAAAGACUUGCAAAGAUCAAGGAAGAGCAAGGGCUUAUUGCUGAAGCUGCUGAUUUGAUGCAAGAAACUGCGGUGGAAACAUUUGGUGCUAUGGCAAAAACUGAGAAGAUUGCAUUCAUUCUUGAACAAGUUCGUUUGUGUGAAGACCGUCAGGAUUAUGUUCGUGCUCAAAUACUGUCGAGGAAGAUUAGUCCAAGGGUGUUUGAUGUUGAUACUUCAAAAGAAAAGAAAAAACCCAAGGAAGGUGAUAAUGUUGUUGAAGAAGCUCCUGCUGAUGUACCAUCGCUCUUGGAGUUGAAGCGGAUCUACUAUGAAUUAAUGAUACGGUAUUAUUCUCAUAACAAUGAUUACCUUGAGAUUUGCCGUUGCUAUAAGGCGAUAUACGAGAUCCCUUCUGUUAAAGAGGAUCCAGCUCAGUGGAUACCGAUAUUGAGGAAAAUCUGUUGGUACUUGGUUCUGUCACCAUACGAUCCAAUGCAGUCAAGCCUUCUUAAUUCCACCCUGGAGGAUAAGAAUCUUUCAGAGAUUCCAAAUUUUAGGUUACUUUUGAAACAAGUGGUAACCAUGGAGGUCAUACAAUGGACCACACUCUGGAAUAAGUUCAAGGAUGAGUUUGAGAAUGAGAAGAACAUGCUUGGAGGUUCUUUGGGUGACAAAGCAGCUGAAGAUCUAAAGCAGAGGAUAAUUGAACAUAACAUUCUAGUUGUUUCAAAGUAUUACUCGAGGGUUACUUUGAAGAGACUUGCAGAGCUGCUCUGUCUAAGUAUCCAGGAAGCUGAGAAGCAUCUUUCAGAAAUGGUUGUGUCCAAGGCGCUGGUGGCCAAGAUUGACAGGCCAAUAGGCAUAAUUUGUUUCCGAACUGCGAAAGAUAGUAACAACGUUCUUAAUUCGUGGGCUACAAACUUGGAGAAGCUGCUUGAUCUUGUUGAGAAGAGCUGCCACCAAAUACACAAAGAAACAAUGGUUCACAAGACAGCUCUGAAGGUGUGAGAAGGCUUAUGUCGCACGUCUUCAGUCUUUUCGUGACCAAUGAUGCUCUUAAACCAUUGUCGCGGUUUCUAUUCCAUGGACUAAAGAGUUAUCGGAUUCUAGUAAUCAAUAUUUGGAAGACUGGGCUUUUCUUCUAUUAGGGAAGAGGGUUGGUAAAGUAUGUGUAUCAAGUUGUUUGUUUUAUUAGAACUAAAUUCUUUGUUGUAUACUCGCACAUACCUUUGGUGUGCCAGCAGGCAACAACUGCAAGAAAUCGUUUUUUCUUUUCUCGUAAAAUUGAUUUGUUUAUUGGUUAUAU